AACAAAGCGUGGCGGAAUUCGUUCGUAGAGCAGGCAGUCGGCUGUUGAAAAGUAUUCCGAUUAAUUAAAAUUUUUAGAAAAGUGUAAUUAUUAAAGCGUACUGAAUAUCGGUAUACAUAUAUUUGAACAAAUUACUCGAAUACUCAGCGAAGUUCUGCUAUAAAAGUUCAAAGAUCAACAACAGAUUUUAGAAGAAAAUGGUCAAAGAAACAGGCUACUACGAUCUGUUGGGCGUGAAGCCCAACGCAACGCCCGAUGAGCUGAAGAAGGCCUAUAGAAAACUGGCACUCAAAUAUCAUCCAGACAAGAAUCCCAAUGAGGGUGAGAAAUUCAAAGCCAUUUCCCAGGCAUACGAGGUGCUCUCCGAUGCCGACAAGCGUCAGGUCUACGACGAGGGCGGCGAGGCGGCCAUCAAGAAGGGCGGCGCCGAUUCCGGUGAUUUCCGCAACCCCAUGGACUUCUUUGAAAAGUUCUUCGGUGGCCUGGGCGGCGGUGGCGGCGGCAGACGUCGUGAGCGUCGCGGUAAGGAUGUAGUGCAUCAAAUGUCCGUGCAGCUGGAGGAGCUGUAUAACGGUGCGACCCGUAAACUACAGCUGCAGAAGAACGUGAUCUGUGACAAGUGCGAGGGACGAGGCGGCAAGAAGGGCAGCAUCGAGAAAUGUGCGCAGUGCCGCGGCAACGGUGUCGAGACCCGUGUGCAACAGAUUGCGCCCGGCAUUGUACAACAUAUCGAACAGGUGUGCCGCAAAUGCUCCGGUACCGGAGAAUGCAUACAGGAGAAGGAUCGCUGCAAGAACUGCAAUGGCCGCAAGACGGUGCGCGAACGCAAAGUGCUGGAAGUGCAUAUCGAGAAGGGUAUGCGAGAUGGCCAGAAGAUAGUAUUUACAGGCGAGGGCGAUCACGAGCCCGAAUCUCAACCGGGUGAUAUCAUAAUUUUGUUGGACGAGAAGGAGCACUCGACGUUUGUGCAUGCGGGCACGGAUUUGAUGAUGAAAAUGCCCCUGCAGCUGGUGGAGGCUUUGUGCGGCUUCCAGCGCAUCGUGAAGACUAUGGAUGACCGUGAUCUGUUGGUGGCGACACAGCCCGGCGAAGUUAUACGACACGAGAUGACCAAAUGCAUUGCCGAGGAGGGUAUGCCCAUCUUCAAGAACCCCAUGGAGAAGGGCACCCUGAUCAUUCAGUUUGAGGUCAUUUUCCCCGACGUGAUCAGUCCAUCCGUAAUACCGACGCUUAAGCAGUGCUUGCCGCCGGCACCCGAGAUUGACAUUCCAGUUGAUGCAGAGCAUACAGUUUUGGAGGAAUAUGAUCCGAAGCAGCGUCGUCAGCAACACCAGCGCAUGGCCUACGAUGAGGAUGAUGGUGGCUACCAAGAUGGACCCCGUGUGCAGCAGUGUACAUCCAGUUAAGCGGCCUACCAUAUUUUACUAAACUAUACAAAACACACACAUAUAGAAAGAAACACACCCGCAAACAAUCCAGGCGAUAACUGUUGCUAUUGGGCAGGAGGGGAAAUCAUAUUGUAACCUAAAUCAAAUCUAAAGUCUAAAACAAUACAUACACAAACAAAAAACACUCCGAUUAUAACUUGCUGCUGCUGCUGAUGCCACAUGCCCCAACCACGCUGUGGAAUAUCCAACUACUAGCACCAAUAUACCACCACAAACUAAACAAACAACAACACCAAGAGCUGAACGUGGCAUUUGCAUUAAUAAUAUUACCCCGCAAACAACAACAACACGAUACUGAAAGAAAUCAAUCCAAAUUGCAACAAAUUUCAAGUUAUAUAUUGAUGGCUUAGGAUCAGAGAUGCUGCUCUUCAGACUACGAAAUAUGCAAAAAACAAAAGAAAACUAUGGUAUAUAUAUAGUAUAUAUAUAAA